AUGAAUUUACCAAGUCUCUUUCGCUACUCUCUCGCAGCCCUAUCACUCCAGAGUGUCAGUGCCUGCAAUCCGCCUGAUUCAACCACCAAUGACCCCAAUAGCCCCUUCGUGAUCGGCAAUGAUGGCCCAGCACCAGCAGCCACCAUAGGCUACGCCAUCACCCACGUCGGGCUUCUCACCACGAACCUCGACGCCAUGAAACACUUCUACGGCGACAUACUCGGCAUGCGUCACUUGUUCGACGCCCACGUCACACCCGAGUACACCGUAACCUACAUGGGGUAUGCGCAAGGUGGACGCAACGGCACAGGCUUCCAGACUGGGGAAGAGCUCUUCCGGAACAAGAAUAAUCUUUACGGAUUGAUCGAAUUUGUGCAGUUCAAUGUGUCGGACGAUCACCUCGUCGCAUCCACCAAACGGACCAAUACCUUCGGGCAUAUCGGGCUGAUUGUCCCGGAUGUCCAGAAGGCACAGGAACAUUUGGAAAGCAAAGGUGUUACGAUUCUGAAACGGGUUGGCGAACGCGUAACUGGGUUUACGGGACCAGUGCCAAAUGCGUUUGGAAUUGGGGAAUUUGCGGGUGCGCAUCUUGCGGCUAAACAGGCGCUUGUCGAGGCCCAGGGCCUUAUUGGACUUGAGUACUUUUUGAUGAUCGAGGACCCGGACGGGAAUUUGGUUGAGAUUCAACAGCAGGAUGCCUAA